AAGACGGUUUUUAUGAGUGACGCAGCACAUGAAGCAAAGAAGGAAGCAGGAAGGAGGAGAGCGUAGUUCAUCCACGGUGCUUUUUGCAAUCCCCACACGAUCUGACUUUCACUGUGUUCUUCUUACUCCAAGCAAGAUAUUAAAUGCAUUGUCUAAGGAAAGUCUCCGAGGCCACCACAAAGCGCUGGCAUUGCCGCUGUUGUGCCUCUGCGUGGUCCCAACCAUGUUUUCCAAGACACGCACGUGGAUCGGUAACGAGUGGGCAGCUGGGAGGUCUGGCCCAGGCUGCCUCCGGAGGCUGGGGGAUGAAGACCAGCGACAUCAGGCGCAGGGCUGCACAACUGCCUCAGGUGAGCAGUUACCGUCAAAUUCCUGCCCGGCCACGUGCGCGUUGCACACAUACGAGAAGAUGGAGCUCUCCACCCACCGUGCAGCUUGGUUUAGUCUACAGCAGUUGAGCCUUGCUCUGUUCUCUAUUUCUGUUCUUUACCAUGAGCAAUGGGCUUAUGCAGCUGCGUUCCUGGCAGGACUCAACAAAGCUUCCUUUCCUUUAAUAGCAAGGCAGCCACCUUCAUCAAGAGGGAGACAGAAUUCCAACCCCCAGAGCCAAAAGGUGAGGCGGAAGGAAUUCCAGGUCUUUUAGCUUCUGGAAUCCAUCAAUAGGGGCCAAGUUGCAAACUGCAGGCACGAUCACACUGAGUUGGUUUUAAAACUGAGUUCUAUUUCUCACGUCUAAGUCGUCUUCACUGAAACCUGCAAGUUUUUCUGUGGGUUGGAUGGUGAACAUUCGUUUCUCCUCCUCUAGGGCGAACAGUCUGACUUUCCUCCAGAGAACACUGCUGUCUAAAGCAGGCUGUGGGCCACUCGGAAAGUGACCCACCAGGGUCUCGUCUAAAAGUAAAAACUGAACAACUCUACUGAAACCCAGAGCCAACGUUCUGAAUCCUCAUAGACUCUGUCCAGAUGGUUAAUAAUUGAUUUUCUCCGUGCUCACUGCUGCGCCUUAUGGAGAUACCACAUCUGCUCAAGAGUUAAAAACAGGUGUCCUCCCCAGCCAUAAACAAGAUUUUCAGAGGCGAUUCUGGGGCCCCUGUGUGGACUGCGCGUAGCAAAAACAGAACUCUGAAACUCAUGAAACUUUGAAGGCUAGAUGUCUCAAAAAGUAAGGAUCUCCAAGGGAGCAAAGACUCUUAAGAAUGUCACUGAGAAAGAGAAGAACGAGGUCAUGAAAAGCGAAGCGUACCAUAAUAUUCGGCGCAGGCUUCGUGAAUAGCGUGAUUCCAUCGGUCUUCACGUGGAGCUGGUUUAUACUGAAAGUGUAACUGCCUAAAAGCAAACCUCCAAAUUCUAGCUCUCCUGAAGUAGCAGCACAGCCUCCACUUCAAAUCACAGAUUAUUUAUGACAUAAAAAAGCAGCCGUGGAGAACGUGAGAGGCCUCUUCCUCCAAAAGUGUGUAGGCUCUGAUCCCACAAUGCCAUCACUCAUCGUCCAGUCCAGAAUGACAUGGAAAUUCUCCCAGCACUUUCUAUUUUACCUCCUGGCCUCCUGGUCCUAAACUCACAGACCCUGCGUGGUAGGCAGAACAAAGAUGUCUUCGUCCUAGUCCCCAGAACCUGUGACUACACGGAAAAGGGGAUGAAGGUGGCCAAUCAGCCGACCCUAAUACAAGGAGAUUAUUCUGGAGUAUUGGGCCCAAUGUUAUCACAAGUGUCCUUAACAGAGGAAGAGGGAGGGCUGGAGGUGUGAUGAGGGAAGCAGGGUCAGAAAGAUGCUAUUUGGCUGGGCUCAAAGAUGGAGGAAAAGGGUUACAGGAUGAGGAAUGGGGGUGGCUUCUAGAAGCUGGAGAAAAAAAGAAAACAUAUUGUCUCCAAGCUUCUGGAAAGGAAUGCCAGUGACCUCUUGAUUUUAGUCCACUGGAGUUAUGUCGGACUUCUGACCUCUAGAACUGUAAGAUAGUAAAUCUGUGUCAUUUUAAGCCACUAAAUAUGUGAUCAUUUGUUACAGCAGCAGUAGAAAAACUAAUACCACUGUCAGGAAGCAAAGACCUUGAAGAACGCUACUGCAACUCUAGGACAGACAGUGCCUGGGUUUCUUUGGCGAUAGAACCUACUCAUUUACUUUUCUUCUAGUUAAACUCUUUUCAGCAUCCAGUGCUAAUCCUCAGAAAGGAUGAAAUAAAAUGGCGAGGCAUCUUCUAAAUUUGUGUGGGGCGAUGGAGUGGGGUAGGGGGGAAGGUGCAUCUGGAGAAGUUAAUCUUUUUUUCUUCUCAUUUUUACUGCAGAGGAAUGUAGCGCUACGGUUAGAAACUCAAUCCCUUUCUAAUGGACUUGCAUUAGUGUGAUUUUACAAUCUGCCUUUUCAGUUUCCCUGUUCUUUAUUCUUCAAAAUAUCCCUGUGUGCUUUGAAUGUCUGGAUAAUCUUCUACGAUGAUCUAAAUCUAGAGAAUUUUAGCUCACAAAGCAUGCAGAUUUUUGUACUUUGCCCUCAACACAAUUCAGGUGACAUUUGAUAAUAUCUAACACUAUUUGCUGUUAUAACAGCAAACAGUCCUGAAUUAGGAGGUGAAUAAUUUAAUUAGGCUGCCAGUACUUGGAAUAGCAGAUAGAAGGAUAUUAAUAGAUUCUACAUGCAGUUAUGCAUGGGCUUUGUUGUUGUUGGUAUGUUAGCCUUGUUUUAACUGGAGAAAAAACAGCAAGAGAUCCUCUGAAUAAGUUAAUGUAUUAUGGACCAAGAACCCUUUCAUGUACAGAUUUUCAGGACCCCCCUGGAGUAAGGACAUAACUAAACUCCAUGCUUAGAGAUGAAUUAGGAUGUGUGAAGCCCUGUUUCAAUCCCUUUACUCCAAAUGAUCAGGAAAUCCGAUUUCUCUACCAAUGAACAAAUAAUGAGUUAUCAGACAAGAACCCCCUAAAUCUGGUGUUUGGGUGUGAUUACACAGGGACCACACGCCAGGAGGAGGGAUGGUU